UUUUUUUUUCAUCAUAUCUAACAAUACAAAAAAACUGAUUUCACAAAUAAAAAGAAAUUAAACCACCGGCGACUUUUCCUUGGUCAGUGCGGAAGCGUCCCAGACGAGCUUGGCACCGUCUGCGAUGAACAUCUGCACCAGCUACUGGCCGGCCAGCUUCAGCACGACGGCCUCAAUCAAUUUCUGGAUUUGCCUGUCCAACCCGCCAAUGUCCGAAUACUGCUCGGUCGGCCGGAAGUGUCUCCAGGAUGAGGUACGAGUCCUUGUUUACGCCCACCAAAUCGCCCGGCUUGAGUUUCUCUGGAUCAACCAGGCCAAACACGGGCAAAAAGUACGUCUGCCGUGUCAAAGUCUUGAUUACGGUGCGCUUGCCCUUCUGCUUGGAGUCCAGCACCACCACCGCCCCGUCGUCCUCCGUCUCCUGAGGGUCCACGUCCAGCAGCUAGAUCGACUUGUCCUCCUGGGUUACCACCAUCUCGAUUGCUGGUGCCUUACUGAGUCCAAACACGCACUAAAUUCAACACAAAACAAUGGAAAAUCCGGAUUUACUACGACGAAGCUGCUGGCCCAUGAAAUUGCCGGAUGAGUGCCAGCGAAUCGCUCGGCCGGAAAAUGUAAUAGACAGAUUGAUUUUUUUUGUUGUUUGUAAACAGUGCGCGCGUUUGCGAUGACAGCUGUGAACACUGAAAUAAAAUUCAUAGAGGAAUAGUGUAUGCGCGUAAAUAUGGAUGCACAUACAGAUUAACUUAUGAAAUAAAUGCAAUAUAUUUGGAGUGACCACCUCGUGCUAUGCCCCCUAGCAUUGGUG